AUGGAUGUUUACACGACCUCAUUUGUCAUUCCGCGCCGCUUGCGACACGCUCAUUCUCUGGCUAACCCCUCUUUCGACUUUCCGUCCAACCCGUCUACCGAUAGUCCUUACUCGGCUGCCUCAGGCUUGCAUGGCGGAGGUAUUCCCUUUCCUCCUCAUGACCCCGGCCAGGGCGCCGCUGGAUCAGACCCCUCGGACUUCGAGAUCGUUCAGAACAUAGUGAUGUCGGUUAUGACAGUGCAUGGCUGCCAUAUAACCUACCAAGUUGUUGACAACGGGACGGCAUGGUGUUUCCAUAUUACAGGCGCAUACCAGCAAGUCAUGAUGGCUCGCGGUUUGGUCUUGAAGGACUGUCCCGUACAGGCUCGGUCGACAAUAAAAGUGACGCGUUCUGAGAUCCUCGAUACGCCCGCCGCGAAGGCACCUGCCCUCAAAGAAGAAGUCAGACAACGCCUGGAUGAGAUCGCUUCACAAACGGGAGGACAAAUCGCUGUGGUCAACAGCCCUUUCUCGUUGUCGACCCGUACCCCUCCCGAUGGCAUCAGCAAUAGCUCUGGAUGGUCCGGGCUGGAAACCGAGCGUGUAUGCGAGCUCGUCAUUACUGGGUAUGGUGAUGCGGUCGACUUGGCGCGUGUGAGACUACUUGUCAUGCUGGACGAGCUGAGCGGCCUUCAUUCCGAAGCCAUCGAGCUUGAGCACAAGUUCCAUCCCAUCAUUGCUGGCCGCAAACGAAGCAUCUUACAGUCCAUCCAGGAAGAGACCGCAACUAAUAUAUAUUUCCCUAAUCCACUCCAAGGACUAGUGGGUCCCGACCUGGGACACGGGGCCGUCGCUUCUGCUGUCCCGGGCGCUCCCGUGAGACGUAACAGUCCAAAUGUUAUAUGGAUCACCGGGGAGUUUUUUGGAGUCCAGAGAGCUAAGGACAUGCUAUCUCAAGUAUUUGCGAACAAAGUGAGCUUCCAGCCGGUGUUUUUGGCUAUGGAAAAUGUUGACAUCGCCUAUUAUCCGCAGAGCAAAACGAUAUUAUCGCGCGACACCGCUAUCUUGCCACGGAAACUAGACUGGAUGGUGACCGACCGUGCGGACGACCUAAAAACUAUCAUGCACGAUAAUGGGACCUUUAUUCAGUUCCCCUCUAUUGGUAGCUCUACUAGUCUAAUCACUGUUUUCGGAGACAACCGAGUUAGCAUUCAACGGGCGAUCCGUUCGGUGAUGCAGCUGGCUUGUCAGUACUAUGUCGCGUCCUUCUGGCUGCUACCGUUACAGUUCAAUGUAUUGUUACCGCCUCCUGCGCUCAACACGACUCAGAUCGCCGCCCUACUCCAGCAAAUAUCUUCUGCUACUGGCGCCGAAGCAGUAUUCAAGAGCAUGUGUUUCGAAAUGCACGGUCUUGAGCAUCAAGUGCGGGCAGCUGUCAAUAUGAUCAUGGAUUUAGACAUAGUUAAGGCUUUCCACCACGAAAUCCGGUUUCAGAUCGAGCUCGCGAACGAGCACCGUGAAUUCAUCAGCGGAAAGAAGAAUGGCAAGAUCAAUAAGAUCAUGCAAACUACCAACGUGAAAAUCAAGUUUGAGACGUUCAACGACCACAAUUUCCUCAUCGACGUCGCUGGUAACGAUGGCUCCGUCCUCCAGGGCCUCACCCUCCUUCAGGAAGAGUUGCCUGCAGAGAUCUCGUUCCACGUGCCGGAGUCGUACCACAAGCGCAUCAUCGGUGUUGGCGGCCGUAGUAUCCAGAGGAUCAUGAAGAAGUUUGGUGUCUACGUUAAGUUCUCGAACGCCGAGGAGUUUGCUGCGCUGGGAGGAUACAACGACAACGAGGACAACGUCGUGGCCAGGACACCUGCGAAGAAUGCUAUCAACCUCGAGAAUCUUAAGCAGGCUGUCAUGGAAUUGGUUAACCCCAAGGACAAGGACUACAUGAACGAGACUGUUUCCAUCCCUCGUCGGUACCAUCGUACUCUGCUCGGGGAGAAGGCCAUCUUCAUCCAUGAUAUUGAAGCGAAGACUAAUUCCCAAGUGCGGUUCCCCGACAAGGAGACUGCCUCUGAUCUUGUAACGAUCUUCGGUCCGGAGAGCCAAGUUCAAAUCGCGGCAACUAUGUUACUGGAUCAUGUUCCGUUCGAGGCUGAUAUGGCUGUACCGGCACACCCCGAUUUGCCCCGUAUCUGCUCGUCCCCAGACUUCGCUGCGUUCGCUGAGCGUAUCAAGCGCGACUUCCAAGUCUCAGUCGUUCCUAACAUCAAAGCGACUGGGACAAUUGCUGGCUCAGUUUCUGAUUCGGAAUGUUCGUUCAAGUUCCGUUGUCAGCGGAGCAAUGCCGAUUUCUUGGUUACUGCGAGGGAAAUGCUUGAGCAAUUCUUGCUAAGCCACAAUGUCCAUGUCUACCCCUCGCCGACCUCUCACACCCAUAAGAGAGGCGAUUCAUUUGCUGAGGCAUUCCCUCAUUUCGACAGUAAGCUGCUAUCGACCGCUAGGGUUAAGACUCGGCAUGAUUCCACGGAUUUGUCUCGGCCAUCUGAGAGUCUCGUGGAAAGACGUCUACGACUCGCCAACUCCUCGCCAGACGUCAAGGCUCUCUUCAAUAAUCAUAGCAACCAGCCCGCGUAUAUUUACAACCUCGAGGAACAUGAGGAGAACUUCGAUACGGGAUCUAACUAUACUUCUACUCCGUCCAACGACUACUGGACCCCAUUGCCACCCAUCGGGUCUGGUUUCCAUCAUCGGUCGAGGCACUCUGAAGAUGCCUUGAAAAGAGGCUCCGAUUCCUUAUUGGAGUCAAAACUAAAGGAACACAUCACCAAACCUCGAUCUCUAACAAAUCGGGCUCAGUCACUGGAUCUAACCUACUCCCUGUCACGCAUAACAGAGUCAUCUCCUCGUCUGCCUCCCCCCGACUCUCCUACCACUUCAACCGGGGAUACUGGUGCUAAUUCAAGCCCAACGUCUACGACCGCGCCUUCUUUCCCCAGCGUCUACGGCCCCCCCAUGACUAGGUCGGCCGUUGUCGCUGGACCCUCACAGUCCAUGGGAGGCCCUAGUCACGGGCCUGAUUCGGAUGGUUUAGAAGAGGUCACUCGGGUCAUCUCUAAUCUCGGCUUGUGA